CCAUAUCGACGGUAUGUCGUGUGUGCGCAGCUGCACAUGGUAUUUAGCCGCACACACGCAACCGUUGUUAUCGUACGAAAGUGACGACGACGGGGCCCGCUGUUUUUGAUUUUUUUUUUUGUCGUUGCAGCUCAUAUGCGUACACGCAAUAUAGGUGAUAUGAUGUGAUUAUUAUGUUUUACGUUUUUAUUGUCAUGGGUUUUGUUAAAUGUGUCGAAUUUGACGGUUUCAGAGGCUGCGUAUUAUACUCGUGUUGCUCUCUCUCUCAAAAAAAGAUUCGGUAGUGAACGGGUAUGCACUGGUUUGGAAAGCUUGCAUGGGCAGUGUGUACACAGUACAAACUCCGCCGCACAAGCCGAGAUAAUGGAAACACGUAAAGGCUGUCCGAGGGUCAAAUCACAUCGUUAGGCGACGACGACGACAAAAACUAAUAACAUUAUUAUGAUGUACACCGUCGCGACCGAUACAUCACAAUAACCCGUCGAGCCGAGAGACCUUGACCUUCGGCCGAGCCACCGUCGCCGAAGACGGCGGGCCCGACACGUCCGCGUCAAUGCCACCGGCGCGAAAAAAUGUUUACGAAAACGACGAAAAAACCGAAAACAAAAACGUAUAUCACAACGUCUAAUAAUAAUAUGCAUAAACGCGCGAUACGAGAACGAAAUAAAAAACAACAAAAAGCCGAUAUACCGUUACGAGUACGAAAAACUGACACGUCUGUCACGAUAGCCACGCACACACACGCACACACACGUAUAUAAUAUAUCUAUUUAUAUAGAACAUGCGUUAUAAUAUAUAAUAUAAUUUACGGUGACAGGUCCGAUAGCGAACAUAAUAUCUGCAAGUCGUCCGCUGCCGUUUCGCGACCCACCGGCACAAAGCGUUUGCGGCGGUCUACCGCAUUGAAUCGUAGCUGAACCGCGAGCGCGUCCCGCCGGAGCAGCGGUUACCGCGGUACACGUGUACAUAACAACACAAUACAUGUUUAAGGUCCAUCCGUGCGACCAGCUCAACCGCGUUUACCUCUGCCUGUUACCGGAUCGUCCCGCGAUGUCCGGCGGUUUCCGCGCGGCGGCGGCGUUGCUGGUGGUCGCGGUUUUCGGCGCGGUGGCCGGCUCGGACGCGCCCGCGUUCGUGGCCGCGUACUCGCUAAGCGGCCAGAACGUCGAGUGGCCGUGCACGUCCACCAAGAGCGUUUACGCGGACACCGGCCGGUACGUGGCCAAGAACGUGAUCGCUACCAGGGUCCAAGUGUGGGGCGACCGGGCGUUCGUGCUCACGCCCAGGUUCCGGUCCGGCGUACCGUUCACCGUGUCCGCUGUCCGGCUGGAAUGCGAGCACAGGUGCUGGCCGGUGCUGUCGGCGUACCCGUGCUGGGCGCUGCACGACGAGGGCGACCCGAACGCCAUACAGAACGCCGUUGACAUUUACUUGGACCCGACCGGCUUGCUGUGGGUGCUCGACAGCGGGCUGGUCAACACCGUGGAGCAGCCUGUCCGUCGGACAAAGCCCAGGAUAUUCGCCAUAGACGUCAAAACCGACAAGGUAGUCAAACAAUUCGACUUGUCGGGGUUGGUAUGCUCAGCCAGCCGAUUAAACUACAUCACGGCUGACUAUGGAGUUGAUGGGAAAGCGUUUGUGUACGUGUCGGACGCAGCCACGCGGUCGGUAAUCGUGUGGGAGGUGGCGGCAGACCGUAGCUAUCGAGUGGUGCUGCCGAAGGCGAUCACGCACGAUUGCACCGGCCGGCGGGACGUGCUUUACAUUGCUUUAGCGAGGGAUCUGGAUGCCGGUGGCGGCUCCCUGUAUCUGACAUACUUGACCAGCAACCGUAUGUACAAAAUUGAUACUUGCAACCUUCGUCAGGGAUGCUCGGAGGGCACCGUCGUCGACCUAGGCCCAAAGCCCGAAAAGAUGGUCAUUCUGGGCACGGAUGGUCGGAGUACCGUGUAUUUCCGGUAUCGUGGUCAAGGUGACGUGUACGCUUGGGAUACAGACCGGUCUGGUGAUGGCACGUCAUUCGGCUCAGACAGGUUUUCGUUGGUCCGGAAAGCCGAUGACUGUGGCCGGUUGGCCACGCAAGUGGCUCCCGACAACCAAGGCGGUGUUCUCUGGAUACUUGAGAGUAACUUCCCGGACUACAUAUCCGGUGCAGUAGGUUGUUUGGGCGCCAAUGUUCGCUUGCAACCCCUCAUCGCCCAGUGUGGCAAAUAAUGCAUAUUAUAACAGUUAAUGAAUGAGUGAAUGACUUCGGCUGCCAAAUUUCCAGUAUUUAAUGUUCCAGUAAAACAUUUCACCGCAGAGCGAAUGCCUUGGAUUAUUUGUUUUUGUAAAAAAUAACAAAUUAUUUAAUUUCAGGUAACUGUUACCGUGUUCAAUAAAUGUAUUUGCAUAACUUCUGUGCUUUAUAAUAUUUUUGUUUUGCCAAACUCGAAUAAUAUAAGUAUAACUCUCUUGCAGUAGAGUUGAUUCGUGUAAAAAUUAAAUAUAUAGUUAAAUUAUCGAUUUACAUUAAACGUGUUAAAAUAUUGUAAUGUAAGUAAUUAAACUUUAGUGAGAAAUUUAUUUAUAACAUAUUUAUAGAAUACAAGUAAGGGUAUGUAUAUCAGGAAAAUCUACACGUUGAGACACUCUCUGGACAUAAAAAACACAUGACAUAAUAUAACAACGUAUAUUUACUAUUUUUUUUAGAUGUAUUUUUUGCAUGAUAU